AUGUUCAAAUGCAAGGUUUGCGAGCAACCGCUGGUCAUUGAGCUUGAUGCAGAGUCCUUCGAUGAGGCUACUUCCUCCUCUGUCGGCCAAGCUUCUUCGGCGCCCGAUGACCUCCUGCUUAUGUGUGGAUGUCACUUUCAUUGGCAAUGUCUUCUUGAUGAAUCCCCCCAAAUCGCUCUCGACCUCGCCUGCCCAAGCUGCCAACGCUCAAUCGUAACUACAGCCCCUGGCCCAUCAGCAACAAACUCUCAUCUCCCACCUGCGUCCCCCCAGCCCCUGAUCUUGACUCGAUACCACAACGAGGGCGGUGUCCAAGAGAACCUCGAUAUCCUCCCCUUGAUCACCGAGGAGGCCUACUUGGAUGCUAAUCCAGCGGCGAGACCUGCGCGGGCGUUUAUGAUUGGGAUAACUGUUAACCUGAGAAUUCCAGCCAUGUGUGGCGAGGGCGACGUAGCCCGCGUCAUUGAACUCCUCACGGCGCUCCAGCAGGACCCCGAAGAAGGCGACAUGUCCCCCUCGGAGCUCCUGCGCUUCCAGGACCCGCUCGAUGGUAUGAAGACCGGUCUACAUGUUGCCAUUGAGCGAUCGCAGCAGGAAGCUGUUUGGAUGCUGUUAUGGCUCGCUUCUGGGCUCCCUAGUCAUGUGUUCCCGAGCGAGGUCGUGCAGGCGGCCGAGAGCAUGGAGGCGAGUAGAGGAACUGCGGAGGGAGGGGUGGAUAUUAGGCGGUUGAGCGAUGGGGAGGGGAGGACGGGCGAGGAUGUCGCGAAGGGUAUGGGGGCGGAGUGGGCUGGUUUACUCGGGGCGGGGGUAUUAAGGGUUUGA